AUAAAUAAAAAGUUCAUGGAGGACCAUGGCUAUAAAUUUAAGAAAAAUCUGGGAGAAGGCAUGUUUGGAAAAGUUGAAAUGGAGAUCAUCAGGUCCUUGAACCACCCCAACAUUGUCAAGACUUUGGACAUCUUUGAAUCACCCAUAAAAAAGAUCUAUGUGGUGAUGGAGCUCUGUGUAAAAGGAGACCUCUUGAAGCACAUCAAUGCCAUAGGGGGAUUACCUGAACCUUCAUGCUACAGGCUUUUCAAACAGCUGUGCGAGGCUGUCCAGUAUCUUCACAACAGUAACGUGGCCCACAGAGAUCUGAAAUGUGAAAACCUGCUGCUGGACAAGUAUCACAACCUCAAAGUGUGUGACUUUGGUUUCAGCAAAAGGCUCACUUACACAGAUGGACGGGUGGUGCUAAGUCAAACCUUCUGUGGCACCUCUUCCUAUGCAGCACCUGAGGUCUUGAGAAGUGUUCCAUACAACCCCAAAGUGGCUGAUGUGUGGAGUAUGGGUGUUGUGCUGUAUAUGAUGCUUUAUGCAUCAAUGCCCUAUGAUGCCACCAAUGUUAGGAAAAUGGUGGGAAUUCAAAUUCAGCAUAGCAUCAACUUCCCAAACAUUCCAUCUGUUUCGUCUGAUGCAAAGGACCUCAUCCGAAGCAUUCUGCACCCUGUUGUAGAGAAGAGACUUACAGUCAGCGGCAUAUUACAGAGUUCCUGGAUGUUGCGGGAAGGGAUAAAGGAUGGAGCCUCCCCUUCAGAUCCUAUCUCUGGGCAGGAAGAAGUACCAGAUGAAAAGGGCAGAGAAAAUAAGAAACUUUUAAAAGACAAUUCAGAGCCAGGGGAAGGACCAUCAACUGCUGCACCAAGACAGUGAAAAAUACUGACAUUAGAUGGUGGCAAAAC